AACCAAACCAAAAAAAAAAAAAAAAAAUAAGAUACGCACAAUUACGCACACGCGCGCGUGUAUCGCAACUGCACCUCUUUUUGCCCGAUAAUUAUCUCCUGUAAUUAUAUCUGUCUCUAUCUCUCUCUCUCUCUCUCUCUGUGUCACACUUUAUUGUUCUCUCUGUUAUGAUCGAUGUGUGUAACACCUGUGUUGUACCUCUUAUUCUUCACCAAUUCUUCGACACGCACUCUCGCCCUGUUACCUGGUGUCUAAUUAAUUCCCAUCUUCACACCCACCACCCCCCUAUGUUAUAUUGGGAGCACGGUUUUGCACAUUUUUCGGGCACCUGUUGAUCUCUCACUCGUCCUACAUAGCCAGUUUUCCGCACUCUAAAGUCGUUCGGGGGGGAAGUUCGAUGUGGUCGCUGCACGCCGUUGUCGUCACAGCACGUAGAAACCGGGUGUUCUCGACGGCACUCUAGCACCAUCAGACCGGAAGUCGAGCGACCAACCGGGACCGGAGUCGUAAGUUCCGUUUAAAGAAACGUAGAGGAUCCGAGAGAGGGAAGAGGGAACUGUCGUAACGAAGAAGUUAAGUAAAAGAUCGUUGAAUCGUUGGAAGCUAUGGGAGCGAGGAUCGGAAGAAGCAGGGGUAAGCGAGCGAACGGAAGACCCAGGAGAAAGAUAGUUCGAUUACGAGUACGUAACUGUGACCGAUCGAUCGGGUUUCAUUGUUGCCCAUGUAACGUCGAGCACCUUAAAAAGCAUCAGCACCAGCACCUCUGAUCACGGCACCUCCGACACCACAUUCAAAAUCCCACUCUGGCCACCGAUCGUCAGCUUGUUCUUUACUUAACCACAUGAUUUCAGGACCAGGAAACGUUACGGUUAGAAAAGGAAAGGAACGCUCGACACGCGGGUGUAGAGAGUGAGAAGACUAUCCGGAAUCAUCAUCUCGUGUUCCUUAAUUCACGAAGAGUAUUAAGAGUGCUGCUUGUACACCGAGCUUUUAAGAAACGUCAUCUCCCCAUGUGACGCUGCUUGCCGACAAGGGUUAUCGAUUGAUCGCCGGUCAUCGCUCAUCGUCCGCGUUUUCUUCCCUCGAGUCGCGCCCCCGCUCGCUCGUUCCCUUUCCCCGUCCAGCCUGUAAACAAAGAUACGUGAAGAAGUAGUCGGCCUAAACCGCGUGGAAAAUAAAAGAAACAGUGCGUCGUGCCUUUCGAUUCGCCAACGAAGGGUAGAUCUGCCUGGUCAGAAGGGGCGCGGGUGACUAGUAUCAAGCCUCCGUCAGUCGUCGUCAACCAUAUACGGUUGGACGACGCAACGUAGGACACAUAUAUGAUGGCGGUGUGCAUGUUCUGGCUUCUCACGUACGUGGGACAAGGUUUGGAUCUCGCUGUGGGCAAUCGACCGGUGAUCGUCAUGCAAGGGGCGCAACAGGAACAGGACUACCGUCACGGUAGCGGCGGAAUACGAAAGAAGAGCGAGCUCAGCUCGUCGGUUGGCAAUAACCUGUUGCACUUCAGGAUAUAUCCUCCCGAUACGUCUCACCGGGACGACCUGUCCAAUUGGUUGCUGUUGAACGACGAGCCACGGAUCUCGUCGUGGACACCCGCCGGUAUAUUGAUCGACGAUAUGAUCAGAGAGCCACGAGAGCUUCAGACUGUCUUCUUCGCUCUGUCGCCGGCGAUGCUGAACGUACUCUACUCGGAGUACAUGAACAACGUUCCGCAGAACGGCGAACAGUUGAUUCACCCGGUCGAGGAUCAACCGAACGGCCAUAUAGGGCAGCAACGCGUGAAGAAGAUACGAAUCGAUUGCAGACACUCGAGGAACACGGUCAGUUUGCCUAUCAGGGUGUGCGACGACGAGACAGGACGAAAGACCUUCCAGGAUACCAGACAAUCCAACUACGACGAUCUAUUCGAGCAGAAGAAAUUCAACGCUGCUGCGAACCUGAAGACUGAUCCGAUACCACGGACGGAGAAACCUAGGGACUAUCAGAGCCCGGGUUUCAUAGCCAGGCCACCGUUUCCGUUGGACGGCAACAAGCUUCCUGGAAAGAGAAGCCAAAUGCCGGUCGGACGACGCUCCAUCGACCUACCCGGUGAAGCCGCCCAGCAUCAAGCUCAACCUCCGUCAUCCCCAGGGAACACCGUUGCUUCUCAACUUAUGCUCAGAUCGACCAGAGGUAGCAUACAGUACGACGUGCCGCAGAUCGAAUGUCCAAUGUCAGAAGAUGGGAUGGAAAGGUUCGCGUGUCCCACUGCAGACAGAAUGGGUAGAUAUCACUGCAUCGACGAUCACGCCUUGUGCGACGGUUUCAUAGACUGUCCUACAGGCGAAGACGAGGACAGACAAGCCUGCAUGUUUUACAAAACUACGAAAGCUCACCUUGACGUAUUGGCUGAUGCCAUUUUGCGAUGGGCAAGAGGACGCUAAUUCCUUUGUUGACGACGAACCUCUGACCUAUGCAUAAAAUCAUAAGUCUGACGAGUUUACUUCUUUAUACAUUCAUCUAUAUAUAUAUAAAUAUAAUAUAUAUGAUAUGUAUAUGAUAUAUUCUCAUAUAUGCGUACGCGUACACAAUCUAUCGUGUACACGGGCACAUAAACGAGGGUUUUCGUUUCGUUGCCAGCGAGUAUUUCUCUUGCGAGCGACAGGUGAAUGGGGAUGAAUGGGGACGAAGGUUUUCCUUCGAUUUUCUUUUAUCAAAUAUACAAUCUUGCGGGUCGAGCUCUCUACCUCAUUGAUCUUAAACAUCAAAUCUAAUCCUCGAAUUUAAAAAGGAAGAAAGAAAAUUGAUAGAAAAUUCAAUAUUGGAGUAUCUAGUUUAGAAUUAACGAGUACAUAAUUCCUUUUAAUUAGCACGUAGCGUUAAGUUAAUAUCUGAAUUUGUAAGUGGUACAGGAAAAUUGAAUCUUGAAAUUCCUGAUGGAAUUCAAUAUUUAUUUAGACUAUGAGAGUACUUAAAUUGAUUUUAAAUUAGAGGUAAAUUAGUGUUUAGCGUUAAGCCAGUAUAUUUGAACGAGCAAUGAAAAAUGGUUUGAGAAUAAUACAGAAAGUUCAAUCUUGGAAUUUCUAAUGGGAUUCAAAUUCAAUUUACCCCCCCCAUCCCCAUUUCAAAUGGGGUAGUAUUUAACACGUUGACUGUCGUCUCACCCCUGAUGCGGAAGUGACGCUUAAAUUUCCAUAGAAAUUCAUUUUUUGACUCGCCUAAUUAGUGAAAAAUUAUUUUCAAAGAAUUUCUUGGUAAAUAAAGAUACCACCUAAGGAAACUUCCAACAGUCAAGGCAGUCAGCGUGUUAAUCCAUCGAAAGAGCUUCCGGGAAAAGCUUCUCUCUUCGGGAAAUCCGCUCGCUAGACUAACGCCGGCUGAUAAGAGAUUCGAACACCCUGCUCGCAUUCUCCCCGUUCUCCCGCAUCGUCUAUUUUGCAGACAGUUCUCCUCCCUUUUUCCCCCCGCGGUAAUUCGUAAAGAAAUUAAAAAAAAAAAAGAAAAAAAACACGUACAGAGAGAAACAAAAAAAAAACAGAAAGAUUGCGUGUGCACGUGUGUACGAGCGAAUGAAUGAGUUAGCGAACGGUGAGAAUGAGGGAGUGAGAGUGAUAUGUUCACGUUGAAAUCAAACUCAGGGGAACGUAAGGAUGAAUCGUCUCUCGAGCCAGCAUUCAGACGAAGCGUGGCAGAUCCGUGCUCGAACACAACCCCGAGGGCUGCGGAUUGAUUCUGAUACGAGGCUUGUACGAGAAACGCGUUUCGUGCUGAUGGCGAGACACGUGACUCGAACGAAGAACUUCCGGUUGAAUAAACCAUCACGUUCUACGGCUACGCGUCGCUCGAUUCAGCUGAGAGCAUUCCUACACGCGCUAAAGUGCAACUUUGUUUCCCAUAGGAAGUACAGGGGAAGAAAUGUCUAACAAUAAGUUGAGCUAUUCUUACAUACUUCCUGGAUCCUUCCUAGACGAGAGGCUACUUUCUCGCCGCUUAAACAAGCUGUAGACGUGAAAGUGAUAAAAAUAAUGGAACAUAUCAUUGCUCGCCAAGGCACCGAACGCGUUGCACGAGCCCGUCAUUCAUGGCAACCAGGUAUAUCCUCAUGUUAAAAGUACAAAUUAAGGGUGUCCGAGGUUUCAAAAGGGCGUUUAGCGGUAACGAAGGCCAAGGAAAACUCGAUCCGUUUCCGAUUUCUCAAUGCAAUCGAACGAUUUCCGUGUGACACUCACCUUCGGCCACUUUAUUUUCGUACGAUAACGAACGCUCCUAUCAAGACUUUGAAGACUGAGAACUGAACCACAUGUUUUAGUUAAACGAAAACCGUGCUGAAUAAUUGCCUCCUCUGAAAGUCUUGAGAAUUCGUCGAUGAGACGAAUAAAAUUAUUCCAUCUUUUAAUGUGAAUCAAACGUAAAAUUUUAAAGUGAAGACUUUUUAACAAUUUAAAAAUCAAAAUUUUUUAAAUAAUUCCAGAAGAAAUCUAAUCUCUUCGAAUGGAUUAAAAUUGAAACUGUGUCAUAAGAUUUGUUCAUAAGUUUUUUUCCUUAUGAAAGUGUUAACGUAGCAGCUCGGUUUCCGUAUCGAUUUUCAGCCAUUUAUGCUCGAGUCACGUGGUUGAUUGAAGCAUCCUAACCGGAAGAAUCAAUGAAAAGGAAACGCUUUCGAUAUCCGACCGAUUCGAGGAAUCAUGAGAGUGAUUCUAUAAUGAUUGAGUGAUCAUAAAUGUGCUGAACGAUCCCCCUAUUUUGAUUCUUAACUCCACCAACCUGUACCUUCUGUUGCGUUCCUGAUCCUUCUUCUUCUUCUUCUUCUUCUUCGGGUUUCUUUCUCAUUCGCGUUCAAGUACGUCUUAGCUUAGCGGUAAAUGUUUGACUGUAUCUCAAGCGAUAUCUAUCUUUUCUGCAAAUUCUUCUGAACGAGGUGGAAAAGUGAAUCGUGCAAGCUUGAGUGUAUUCUUUAAACGAGGAAGAAAAAUAAUUUUCCGUUAACCACGGAUAUUUUUAUCAUUUGGAAUGAAAUUAGAAUUCACGAUUUCACAUUAAUUUUAAUAACCCUUUGCUCCCUAGAGGCGUCUUAAAUUCGUCAAAAAUUAUACAAUACGAAUUUUUCUGAAUUUUAAGUGUCAAUUAAAUUCCAAAUGAAAAAUGAAAUAUCAAAAUUCCUCUAAAAUUCUCGAACGAUAAUAAAACGUCAGGCCAUCACGACGAGCUUUUUCAUGCAAAAAUUACCUCCCCAAAAAAAGGAAAAAAUAAAGCUAAAAAAAGGAGAAAAAGCGAUCAGGCUGUCGACGAUCGAAGAGUCUCUUUCGAUAGAGACCUACGUUUUGCUGUACUGCCGUGUGUUUCGCUUGUUUCCAAAAAAAAAAAAAAAGAGAAUGACAUAAAACACGCACGUGGUAUGUCGAAGAAGAUGUGCAGCCUUUUCGAUUCGUUCGAUCACUCCUUUCGUCGAAUAGACUUGUAAGAUUUACGAUUUAACGAAAGAUGAAUAAAAAAAGCUCCUAGGGUUAAUGAUUAUGAAGAAACUAUCGAUAGAAUAUGUAAGGAUCUCGAGGUUAAUUUUGGCAGACACCGACGAGGCUCAAAUACGCAAUAUAUCUAUUUGUGUGUCUGCGUGUAUGUAUGUGUGCAUGCGUGUUGCGUGUGUCACGAAGAUGAAGAGGAAGAGGAGAAACGCGAGGAACGAGACUUGAAAAUAUUCUUUCUCUUUUUUUUUUUUUUUGGUAGAUCAGUUUCAUUAGGACAAAUUCACAUUGUAGAUCCGGUCACAGUUCAUUGAUGCUCCACUUAAAUAUUACUCCAUUUAUUUUAGAUCGUGGACGGGUUACGCUCUGACCCGGCACGUAUGAAUUGAGCUAAGUGGAAUAAUACUUGAGCGGAUUAAUAGUGGACCUUGAACGUAUCGCGAGUGAAUUCGUAGAGAGGACUUUAAUCUGGAUUUUCCACUGUAAAGUUUUCAUUCGAACGAGAAAUUAAAGCGAUCAGCUGGUCUUUCAACCCCUUCAAAACCCAAAUUUUGAAAAAAAUUUAAUUAUAAAUCAUUUUUAUAAAUUAAAGAAGGUGUUUUCGUGAUUUUUUUGAACGUAAUAUUACAGGGGUGGAUUUUAACCCUUUCAACCCCCUUACACUAGAAUCGAUUGAAAAGAAUUCUGAUAGUAAUUACUGUAAUAUUCAAUUUGUCCAAUAAUUACUAUAUUCAUUAAUUUGUUAAUUUGAAAAUAUGAAAUUCCAGUAAAGAGUAAAAACAAUGUCAUUUAAUUGUAUAUACUCGUCAUUCCCUGAUUUUAAUUCCGCGCUCGAGAGUAGACUUUUGCAAAUUAUUCCACAGCUAACAGGUUAAUUUUCAUUAAGUGGAUAAUUAAAAUCUGAGGGGUUGAAUGGCGCGACUCGUUCGGGGAUCGUUUCUAUCAACACGUCAAGUGCCAGAUUCGUUCGUAGACACUUUUUUCGUUCGUAGUUUAAUGUAUAAUAAUUCUGGGCUUACAUUGCUAUAGUAAUUUGCCAGGAUUAAGAAUCUGAAAAAUUUUCAAAAUAAUUUGUAAAUUAUUUACGAGCUGAUAAUUUUGUAUUUCAGUUCACCUUAGGGUUAAUGAGUGUCUUAUAAAUUAAUGAUACUGAUAAUUAAUCGAUUUAUCUAUAGCAAUGUAAGCCUGGCAUAAUUCAAGGAAGAGGAGCACGACUUUGUUCGAUCGAGUCAUCUGAAUACAGGGUUGAACCCUCAACCCUCUGUGACUCACUGUAAAUUUUCAACCCUUUAUAUUCUUUACUUAAAGUAUUGAUUAUCGUAAUAAGAAUGGACUAUGUUUAAUUCGUCGAUUCAAUUCAUUCAAUUUAUUUUAUAUUUAUUAAUUUCUUUUCGACAUUGAGUCACGAAGGGCUGAGCGAACUGAACAUAUCAGAAUCUACUCUACGUAUUUUUCAUCAAAACAGAAUAUUUUUAAUAUUCACCUAGAACGACGACUUCCUGUUGCUCAGAGGUUGUGUUGUCUCUGUACAAUUCAGCGGCACCAACGUGCGAAUUAUAAUUGUUCGAUGUGCGAUUAUUCAAUUGCGUACUCUGUUUAAUUGUCAACGCUUAACCGGCCGCGUUGUCUGUCGUCUCUUGAACCAUGUACUUAAAUAUCGUAAGUUAUUCGAGAGGGAACCGAGAGAAGUGGGAUUCAACCACUUCGAUCGUCGUGGAAAUCUAACUAUAAUUGCAACGUGCAUGAAUUAUAUUUGUUGACAAGAUAUAUCGACAGCUUAAAUAUAUUGUAUAUUAAUCAGAUUUUCUAAGGUAGCCUCUAAGUAAAUUAGUCGACAAGAUAUUCUUGGCUGUUGUAUUUUUCUGCGACGAAAAAAAAAAAAAAAA